AGGGGGCGUGGCGAGGGGCGGCGGGGGCGGGGCCGGGCGCCCUAUAAGAGCCCGCGCGGUCGCUCUGUUCCCCCACAGGCGACAGGGAGAAUUACGCAACCAUGGAGCCGGAGGCGGCGGCGCUGCGCGACGUGGAGCUGACGGCCCUGGACGCCGAGAAGCAGCCGAUGGCCGGCGGCGACGGCGGCGGCGAGAAGAACGGGCUGGUGAAAGCGGCGCCGGCCAAGCGCCCCGGGGCGUCGGCACCCGAGGAGGACGAGGAGGAGGAGGAGGAGGAAGGCGGCGAGGAAGGCGGCGGCGGCGGCGGGGCGGCCAAGUUCACGGGGCUGGGCAAGGAGGAGCUGGUGCAGGCGGCGGGGGCGGCGGGGUGGGCGCGGGCCCGCGGCGCCCUGCUGCUGCUCUUCUGGCUGGGCUGGCUGGGCAUGCUGGGCGCCGCCGUGGCCAUCGUGGUGCGGGCCCCCCGCUGCCGGCCCCUGCCCCCGGACGCCUGGGCCCGCCGCGGCCUGCUCUACCGCGCCCCGCCCGGCCCCUUCGCCGGCGACCUGCGCGGGGUGGAGGAGCGCCUGGAGCACGUGGCCGGGCUCAAGGCGCAGGGGCUGCUGCUGGGGCCGCUGCACCCGGCGAACGGCACCGACCUGCAGCGCCUGGCGCCGGCGCUCGGCUCCCUCGACGACUUCGGCCGCCUCCUCGCCGCCGCCAAGAAGAAGGGGCUGCAGGUGCUGCUGGACUUGACCCCCAACCCCUGGGGGCCCCAGGCCUGGUUGGAGCCGGCGGUGGCCGAGGACCCCGGCUUCCAGGAGCGCGUCAAGAGCGCUCUGAACUUCUGGCUGCAGCAGGGCGUCGACGGCUUCUUCCUGGACGGCAUCGAGGAGCUGGACCCGGCGGUGGUGGCUGAGUGGAAGAACAUCACGGAGCAGGACAGGGGCGACGGUGUCACCCGGGUGCUGGUGGGGGGGACGCGGCUGCGGGACCCCCCCGCGCUGCGGGGGCUGCUGGACGCCUCGCCGCUGCGCCUGGUGCUGGGCCCCUUCGUGGAGGCGCUGGGCCCCGACCCCCCCGGCCCCCCCCUCGUCCCGGGGCUGCUCCAGUUCCUCGGCCUCGGCCCCCACCUCGCCUGGAGCCUGGGCACCCCGGGGCGGCGGGCGGCCUCGGCGACCCCCCAGCGGCUGCCACAGCUGCUGCUGCUGCUGGCGGCGCUGCCCGGGACCCCCGUGCUCAACUACGGCGACGAGGUGGCGCUCGGGGACCCCCCCGGCGGCCCCCAGCCCGGCCAGCUGAGCCCGAUGCCCUGGGACCUCAUCGACAGCAUCCGGGAGGGCGACAACAGCACCGAGGCCCGGGUGCUGGAGCUGUGCCGGCGGCUGGGAGCGCUGCGGGCCCGGGAGCGCUCGCUGGCGCUGGGCGACGCCGAGGCGGUGCCGGCCGACCCGGCGGCCGCCCUGCUGCGCGCCUGGGACCAGAGCGACCGCUUCCUGGCCGUGCUCAACCCCGAGGGCCGCAGCCUGCGCCUGGCCCUGCGCCACCCCGGCCUGCCCCCCGGCGCCACCCUGCGCCUCAGCACCCACCGGCCCCUCCCCGCCGACCCCCACGUCGACCUGGGCGACCUCCAGCUCCUGCCCUACGAGGGGCUGCUGCUCAGCUUCCCCUACGCCCCGUAGCGGCCCCCGCGGAGCCCCCCCUCCCCGCCAGAGCACCCACGGGACAGGAGGGGCCCCCCCAGGACACCCACACCUGGGGGGGCCCCCUCCCCAGAGCACCCACACGUGGGGGGACCCCUCCCAGGGCACCCACGGGACAGGAGCGGCCUGCCACGUCCCCCCCCCAAGCUGGAGGGACCCCCCCGGGCUCUCCCUGCCCCACUGCACCCAAAGCUAUCGGCAAAUUUUUGGGGGGGGGGUCUCUGGUGCCCACCCCUUUCUACAGCUUGUUUUUGGGGUCAUCACUUCACAAGCCCUUUUGGGGGGGCCCAUCUUGACCCCCCCCCCAUCCUUCAAGCCCUCUGCCAACACUCUUCUGCCUUAUUUUGGGGGUCUCUUCCCCCACCCCCUGGUCCAGCGGGAUUUGGGGGGGCCCUCCAGUUCCCCCCCAGCAUAUUUUGGGGUGGGGGAGUUUGAACACUCCAUUUUCAUUACAAAACCCCCCAGUUUUCCUCACAGUAUUAGGGGGCUCCGGGGUGUUGGGACCCCCCCUGUCCCUGGUGCUCUGGAUUUUGGGGGGGGGGUUGAGGUGCCCCCCCAGAUGAUGAAUAAACGACCUGCAUUUGCA